AUGGCUCUACAAGAUGGAGUGUUGGCAGUGGGACGGUCACACCCAGGACGGUCACACCCAGGACGGUCAUACCCAGGACGGUCACACCCAGGACGGUCACACCCAGGACGGUCAUACCCUGGACGUCACACCCUGGACGGUCACACCCAGGACGGUCACACCUGGACGGUCACACCCAGGACGGUCACACCCAGGACGGUCACACCCUGGACGGUCACACCCAGAACGGUUACACCCAGACGGUCACACCCAGGACGGUCACACCCAGGACGGUCACCCAGGACGGUCACACCACGGUCACACCAGGAGGUCCACCUUGGACGGUCACACCCAGGACGGUCACACGAGGGACGGUCACACCCAGGAUGGUCACACCAGGACGGUCACACCCAGGACGGUCACACCCAGGACGGUCACACCCAGGACAGUCACACCCAGGACGGUCACACACCUCUGACGGUCACACCCAGGACGGUCACCACCCAGGACGGUCACACCCAGGACGGUCACACCGAGGACGGUCACACCCAGGGCGGUCACACCCUGGACGGUCACACCCAGGACGGUCACACCCCUGACGGUCACACCCAGGACGGUCACACCCAGGACGGUCACAACAGGACGGUCACACCUGGACGGUCACACCCAGGACGGUCACACCCUGGACGGUCACACCCAGGACGGUCACACCAGGUGCUUAUUCCACAGACAAAGAAAAAGUAUCAAAAAAUGAAGAAGGAAUCCAAGUGA